AUGGACCUGAGUAAACAACUGGAGAAUACUGAGAGGAACUGGAAUAUAGAGAAGAUGGAAUUGCUGGAGAGAUUUGACAAUGAAAGGAAAGAAUGGGAAUGUCAAUGGAAGGUUAUGCAGAAGAAAAUAGAAGAGCUUUACCAGGAGGUAAAACUUAGAAGGGAGAGCAAUAUGAACGUCCAUGGUAAUAAUACGAUUCAGAGCAAGAUGCUGCAGCUGUCCUUGCAUUCCCCUACUUUGGAAGAGAGUGACGCAGUGGAGCUGAACUGUCAACACAAUGUUGCAAAUGACAGGAUGGAAAAAGGAAGUUUGCUUAGUAAAACAGGACACAAAUGUAAAGAAACCAGAGCCAAGGGCAGAAACAGUGCUCUGUUAAUGGACAAUCUGGCCUUUGAGAACGGUCACAAACCUGAAGACAGCCUCAGCAUCAAAACUUCCAAGAAAAAUGCCAAGAAUUAUAUUGGUGAUCUCAAUGUAGCUCUCAAAGAACUUGCCAGAGUCAGUGAAGAAUUAUGCAGCUAUCAAGAGGAAAUCCGAAAGAAGUCAAACCACAGAAGAAUGAAGUCACUUCCUUUCCUGGGGGAAUUUGAGGAAACCCAAAGCACAGUUAUUCUGCCUGAGAUGAACCAUGUGUCCAGCAAUGAAUCACAGACUUCAGUUGCUUUUGAAACAGAGGAACAUAAUAAUAGGAAGAAUCUGAUGAGCUCGACGAAGGCUUUGAAGGAUAUGUCUUAUGGUGGUCUUACUGAUGAUAAACAAACAGACUUCAGAUCUUGGCAAAAGAAAGAAGCUCCACCAGUUCCUCCACGGAGCACUUCUUGGCACCUAACAAACUCACUUUCUGCGGUUGUACAGCUUUCUGAAGCGUCAAUAAGAGAUACAGGCAUCAAAAGCAAUUGCAAGUCUCAGGACUGUAAGAGUGGAGGAAAACUGAUGAAUCCUUCACCUAUAAACCAGAAUGAAACUGCAGCAGCCUUUACAAGUGAAGGGCAGGCUGUGAAAGGUCCCGCGAUAGCAACUGCUGCAAUACCCGUAACCAAAAAUGAGUGCAAUGUGCCAACAAGUUUCUGCCACAACACAUGGGCAUAUGAUGUGGGCAAACUUGGAAAAGAUAAUAGAAGUGAACCCUCCUCACUGUCAGCCCAAAAGAGUUGUUCAGAUGGAAAUAUGGCCCAAAGCAACAAGAUGCACCAGAAACAAAAUCCCAGGUUUCAGAGCAGCCCUUAUUACAGUAAUGGCUUUUAUGCCCCUGCUACCCUGCACAAUGAUCUUUUGGAAGACUCUAGGUAUAUUUCAGGAAAGACCCAAAGAAAUGAAACUUUAGCAGCAAAGAUUGAUGAGUUUAACCGGACUAUAUUUCACACAGAUAAAUGUAACAAUGCUUUGCAAGCAAACCAGGUGCCUCAAGCAGCAUCAGAAGAUCAUAAACCCUGCAGCCCACUGAGUGACUCUGCUAUUAGCAGGACAGAAACUUUAAAUACAUCUUGUGUUUCAAAUCCCAAAUUCUCUGCAACAAAGGAGCAAAAGACUGGCAACCCUAGCAAAGCUGUCAGAACGGCAGGGCAACAAAAGCAAAUGAAUGGACUUCCAAAUACUAGUGGUUAUAGGCACAUGUUUCACGAGCAUGACUGGAGACCAAGUAAUUUAUCUGGUCGCCCACGUUCAGCUGACUCAAGGUCAAAUUAUGGAGUUGUUGAAAAGCUUUUGAAAAACUAUGAAAAAUCAACAGUGACUUCUUCAUGUAGUGCAAAAUGCUGCAAAGAGCCGUGGACACAGGCAAAUUCUGAAUUCACCAGUGGGGAUUGUGAGCCAUUGAGUCAGUUUUUAGAAAUGCUCCAGAUUGAGCAAGGAAAGCAAGAAUUUCCGAGGAAUUCAGCCAGGCAUAUUGGGCAGCAAGUCAAGCAAGGAAAAGAGAGGCAGAAGUUACGAGAGAUCUCUGUGCCAGCUAAGUGUUCAAGUGGGAAGGGUUUUUCCCGGCCUGCUCGGCCAGCAAAUCGACGCUUACCUUCCAGAUGGGCAUCCAGAUCACCAUCAGCACCACCUGCUCAUUAUACUUUGAGGUUUGGCAACGUCAGAUAG